AAUUCUGUUUGGGAUUUGCUUGGGCAAGAAGUACAAAGUCAAAUUUUUAUUGAAAAUGAUUUUAAUAUGAGGAAAACAGUGUCGAAUUUAAAAUCAAUGAUUCGAAGUGUCGUUUGGACAAUGCCCCCAUCAAAAUGAACGCGUAGAAUAAAAUUUGGCUCCAAGCUGCGCGUGAUGUCAUAGUGGUGAUAUAUACAUAUGUACGUGUGUAUGAAUGUGAACAUACAUAAAUAAAUGUUUCGCUAUGUAUAAUCGUUGGGGAUAAUAAUACAAUAACAACAGGUUUUUUUUCCUGACGUAUAUUUAAAAUCCAAGCAAUAAUAUUUGUCCUAAAGAACAGCUUUAAACGAAAACGAAAGACAAGUAUUUCAGUUAUCGUGUGAUUAAAUUUACAGUAGAAUUAAGAUAUAUAGACCAAAACAAAAUCAACGAAAUUGCAUUGAGUUGGUGCCUUAAAAAAACAACAACAAAAACAAAAAUCGAAGCCUUUAAGUCGCUUGUGGAUCGCAAUGGGGAGCGUGUGGAAACGUUUGCAGCGUGUUAACAAACGUGCCGCAAAGUUUCAAUUCACCGUCUCCUAUCAUGACCUGCGAUUGGAGACCACCGCCAAGUGGCGUCCCUCAAAUCUAUCCGUAGUAUGGACGAGACGUUCGAGGCGUGUUGCCAGCUCACCGUUACCAUGGGAACCCGAUAUGAUGAACCCACUGGUGGGCAACAUAUCGUGGGCAGUGCCCGAUAAUCAUUCAAUAUCGGUGACGUUAUUCAAGGAUCCCCGCACUCACGAACUUGAAGACAAAGACUGGACAUUUGUAAUCGAAGAUAUUUCGCUGUUGGGUAAAAAGCGAGUUUUGGCUAAUGCAAACAUCAAUAUGCGUAAAUAUGCAAGUAUCGAAUCGACGCAGCAGAGUUUUAAAUUGAACCUUAAGCCGGUUUCUCGGAAAAUAACAUCCGCUGAUUUGGACUUGACAAUCAGUUGUGUUUUCCUACGCGAGGGGAAGGCAACCGAUGAAGAUAUGCAAAGCAUUGUCUCAUGGAUGUCAGUGAAUAACUGUGAUGUUGCACCACUUGAUGAUUUGGAGGAUAUACCAGAUUUGGAGAACUCUGGCGAUAUAUCAGAUAAUCUGUAUGAUUUCACGCAGCAGUUGGAGCAGUUGACAACAAGUUUAAAUGGUUGCAUCGAUGUUCCAACGCCUCUGAGUGUUCCUUCAUUAUCCGAAGAUCCAACUCCAUUGGCCGAGUCAUAUAAUCAUUUAAAUUUUGAACUAGAAGCGGAUCGUGAAAGUAAAGUGGAACAACAGACAGCGGAAUUACCGUCAAAUAAUAAAGGUCAAAACGUUGAACUGGAAGAUUCAUUGAAAACGCCAAGUGCCAGUGUAAAUCUUGAGCCAGUUACUCUCAGCACACCAACCAAAAUUGCAGCCGAAGAUAAACCCAUAUUGAAGCCGAAUAACUACGAAAGAUUCCAUGAAGUACUCACCUCCACUCCCUUCGAGCAAGUACCAGCAGUCACGGGCAAGGCAAAGAAGAAUACUUCAAGUCGAGCCCUCAACUUUGACAAACAGGAGUCCACAAGUGGCGUCGACUUCACAAAUUCUUAUGCGGAUCAGUCGACGGCUGUGUUGAGCAACACACUACCCACCAUCACCAAGACAAUCGACAACACAUCGGAAACUGUAGCUGUCUCCCCAGAGCAACCAAAGCCCAUCAAGAACUCAAAUGUCGUUUCAUCCAUUGCCAAGCGUUCUGAACUUCAACCUUUGGACUUGAAAAAAAGCUAUGAGUCUACACCUGCCGUUAAUAAUAUGACAACGAAUAAAUCUUCGGCUAAUAAUACUACGAAUAGCUUAAAGCCAGUGGAGAAGGUCAUGCUUAAGGAUAACACUCCUGGCCAAGAUUUACUCGAAUGGUGCAAAGAUGUAACCAAAGAUUAUCCCAAUGUUAAGGUUACAAACCUGACAACCAGCUGGCGCAAUGGCAUGGCCUUUUGUGCUAUCAUUCAUCACUUUAUGCCCCAUUUAAUCGACAUGUCGAAGCUGAGUGCGCAUGAUGUGGUUGGCAAUUGUCGUAUUGCCUUCGAUGCGGCGGAAACAUUGGGCAUACCACGUGUUAUUGAACCCAGAGACAUGAAUCUGCUGACGGUGCCGGAUAAAUUGGCAGUCAUGACUUAUCUGCAUCAGCUUCGAGCACACUUUACUGGAAAACAGUUGCAAAUCGAACAAAUUGGCCAGACUUCCGAUGAGUCCAGCUAUGUGAUUGGCAAUUACAAAUCGGACAAUUUGUCGCAGAAUCUUAUUAAUUUCUCGCACCUGAAGACACAGCUUUUGCAUCAGAAUUCGCUGGACGACGAAAUAAUCAAUCAGCAGCAACAAUUGUCGCCGACUAGUAAAAAGGAUGUUAAGAAUAUUAUAUUGACUAGUUCAAAGAGCAUUAUCGGUAAAGUUCUGUCGCCGACCAAGGAGAAAAACACAAUCAACGCAAUCCAGACAAACAAAUCCUCAUCUCCGGUUGAUGGUUGCGGAGAUACGCCGGAGGAAAUUCAGAAAUUCGCCAAGGAACCGUUGUCACCCACAUCGUUAGACGCCAAUGCUACGAACCGAAUCAUAACGCGCCACAAAGAAAUGAGCGAAAAAGCAAAGCUGAUGAUGGAAAAAAUAAAAAUUUCCAAAUCUAACGAGCGCAGCGAUGCUAACGAUGAGGAGCGACAGCAACGAUUGCGAGAACAGGCACGACGUCUGAUAUCGGAGACACGCAAUAAGUCAACGGGCACCGACAGCCCAACAAGCCCAACCAAACUGAAGAGAUUCAACUAUACACCUGAACGUACCAUUUCACCUAUACACAAUGGCAGUAGCAGCGGAGAGUCUUACGUAGAUGUCUCCACGAAGAAGUUGCCUCCCAGCUGGGAUAAAGUCGAGCAUCAUACGAGUCCUAGUCAUAGAAUAAACGAUGCCAAUGUCAGUCCAUUGCAGUCCUUCAACGCCGUCAUGGACAGAAUAUCACCAAAGCACGAGAAGAGAAACGAUAAGCUCACAUAUAUUGAAUCGGAGCUGGAGGCAUUGGAGCGGGAACAGGAGGCAAUCGACCAAAAGGCGAGCAAUCUGGAAGCGAGACUGCGUGCAGUAAUGGGCGGCAAUCCAAGUAAUAAUCAAAGGGAAACUGAGGAAACUGAGGAGCAGCUGCUUUCUCAAUGGUUCACACUUGUUAACAAGAAAAAUGCUUUACUUCGACGGCAGAUGCAGCUGAACAUUCUUGAACAAGAAAAGGAUCUGGAGCGCAAGUUUACUAUGUUGAAUCAGGAACUUCGAGCAGCUCAAUCCGUUGAGGAUUGGCGCAAAACGGAGGUGCAACGUGAAAAGGAGCGACUGCUUUUGGAGGAGCUGGUGACCAUUGUGGAUAAACGAGAUCAGCUUGUGCAACAUUUGCACAAUCAAGAAAUAGCCAUUGAGGACGAUCACGAAAUAGCGCGUGAAUUGGAGCAAGUAGACAUAAGCGGAGGAAAAGAGAAGUGUGUCAUUCAAUAGGCAUCGAAAUCGAUUACGACUGGAGAUAAUACCUAUUUAGAUUGAUAAGUAGUGCCGCUGCAAGUGUAUGUAUUAACAAAUACAUAUACUAAUCAAGUGGAAUGAAUAUUAAUAUAUUCUAUGAAGACAACUCUAUCUGCAGACUGAAGCAAAUGGGUUGAAAAAAAAUGCAAUAGACAUAUUUGUUACAACUAAAUUAACAAAUUUUGACAACAAAAAAAUAAAGACGUCCGAUAGAAAACUAAGCAAAUUUAAAAUUUCAUACAGUUCAAAACCAUUGUUGAACUUAAACAAGAUCCUGUUGUGUAAACUUGAAAACCACACUUUUAAAUAAUCUAUCUGUAAAUUUUCAAAAUUUUUAUUUUGUGCCAUUGCUUUAUUUGUUCAAUUGCUUAAAGUUAUUUUUCAAAAUGAUAAACAAAGACCCAACCCAAUUGUAAAUUAAAUGUAUGCAUAGUAUUUUUAUUUUAUUUUAGCUUAUUUAUGUGUUAAGCACUUAACGGAAACGCUUCAUCCCUAAGAAUAUAUAUAGAAAAUAUGUUUUGUAUAGAAACUGGUCUUAUUUAGUUUUUACCCUAAUCUUAUUUGACUAUUUAAUGGUGGUUUACUUACAAAUAUAUUUAUGUUUAUAUAUUUUAAAAAUGUCUUAAUUGUCGAUAUGUAAGUCAAUGCUUGAACCGAAUGAACCUUUCAAUAACACAAUUUUAUAUGUAUGUAUAAUUAAAAAUAAAUUG